UCAGUGUAGAGCAAGGCGAGAGGAGGUAGAUAAAAAUGGCGGUUCUAUCAUCUCCAUUUCACGCGACAACUGAUUUCCUUUGCCCUAAUUCUCAUUUACUCAGCUUCCGCUGUAAGCCCACCUCCAUUUCUCGCCACCGCCCUUUCAUAAUCAACUUCGCUUCAAAACCGAAGAAGGAAAUUCUUGAUUAUGACCAGAAGAGAGAGUUUCUUGAACAGUACGGUCUCAAUCCUGACGAGUUCUUAUCCAAACCCUCUCCAAAGACAAAGAGGAGAAAAGAGCAGGGUAAUACAGGAAAUGAAAACCAUACACAUCUGAAGGGGCCUAAGCCCCCUAGGGAGACUCACAAAUUGCUUCAGGUUCUUGGAGGAACAGCUCGUAGAAAGAAGUUGCUCUCACCGAAGAGUAUGGAUGUACGGCCUAUGAUGGAAGUUGUAAAGGGAGCAGCUUUUUCGAUUUUGCAGGCUGCUGGUGGUUGUACCCAAUAUUUGAGGCCCGGGCGCUGGUUAGACUUGUACAGCGGUACGGGAUCAGUAGGUAUCGAAGCUAUUAGCAGAGGAUGCUCUGAGGUGCAUUUUGUGGAGAUGGAUCCUUGGGUGGUAUCGGACGUGCUACAGCCAAAUUUGGAGUCGACUGGUUUUUUAGAUGUUUCGGUUAUACAUAGUGUUCGUGUCGAAAUCUUCUUGAAAAACGCAGAACGAUUUGUAGGAAAAGAUGGGGUGUUCGAUUAUAUAAGCGUUACGCCUCCAUAUAUGCUCGUUGAUUAUGCAGAACUGAUGGAUCAGGUUUCGAAUUCGUCGGUUGUUGGAGAGAAUACGUUUUUAGUAGUCGAGUAUCCUUUGAGAACUGACAUGUUGGAGUCGUAUGCGUGCUUAGUAAAGAUAGCUGAUCGGAGGUUUGGAAGGACGCAUCUAGCAAUAUACGGACCAAAGUGGGCACAAAAGAAGAGUAAGGUUGAGACAUGAAUAAACGUUGUUAAACAAAUGGAAAGUACUAGAAACAUUUGCAUUGUCAAAAAUUCCGAUCUUGUCUGAAGAUUAGAAUCAAAUUGCUGCUGAAGUGCUGUUCUAUCAUACAAUUAACCAUCAUCCAUUGGCUUAAAAGACACGAUCAACUUAGAAGUUGGGGAUUCAAAAAUUGAGCGGUAAUCCAGCUUAGGACAAAUGCUGUAAAGUUGAUUUAGAAAAAGACUGGAUGAAUUUUGGGUUGGUCGUGAAAAAAGACAUAAAUAUCCUCGUCUUGUUGUUUUUUCGUCUUUUAUGCGGUUUGUAACCCUAUCCGAUACUUUGAGUA